GCCGUGAACGAGCAUCAGUCCGCGGUCAACCACCACACACGACAGUCACAUCUAACGACUUUCGUGUUUACAAAUUACCUACGCUCGUGCGUAUUCGUCCGCUGUAGCGGAGUGACAGUGUUCGCGGGUGCAACGGUCGCCAGCGCAACGGAGGCGGUGCAAGGCAUGUUGAUGGCGGGCGGUCUGCCGGCCGAGUCCGAGGGGCUUCUGGCUUUAGGCGCGCUCCCAGGGCAGAAGGACACCACAUGGACUAAGCUCUUUGUUGGUGGUUUGCCAUAUCAUACUACGGAUAAGAGCUUAAGAGAACAUUUCGCAGUUUACGGAGAUAUAGAAGAGGCCGUCGUUAUCACAGACAGACAGACCAGUAAAAGCAGAGGAUAUGGAUUUGUUAUAAUGGGCGAUCGGGCGGCGGCGGAGCGAGCAUGUAAGGAUCCGAACCCCAUCAUAGACGGAAGAAAAGCCAACGUCAACCUAGCAAUAUUAGGGGCCAAGCCCAGAGGAAACUUAGCACCAGGAUUUGGAUUGGCUGCGGCCGCAGCGGCGGGUGUACGCGCCGGCUAUCCUACAGUUUUGCCAGCGCAUUAUGGGUUAUCUCCGGGGUACGUGUACGGUGCUCCUAGUUAUGUUGGAACGGUCGGUGGAGUGGGAUCAAGCGUGGGAACUGGAGCUGGAGGGCUGGUCCAAUUGCCUCAACUACAGCAUGCUGCCGCAGUAGCCGCGGCCAAUCAUCUUUAUGAAUACCAAGCAGCUGCUGCUCAAGGGGCGGCCGCCUAUCAACAGCAAUACGCAGCGGCAGGAUUUGAUCCAUAUGCAACCGCCGCAGCAGCUGCCGCAGCAGCCAGCGGGGCUGGAUACAUGUCACCUUAUUACGCUCUACCUGGUGGUGGAAUGCAAACACAACUGCUUCCUCCACUGCAAUACCCGCCACAACUUCAAGAGGCGCGUAUGCAGUAAAGCGUAAGCUAACCAGUGGCAUGAUAAGAUACAAGUUAAAGUGAAUAACGUUAAGAAAGCCACUACCAAAAACGCGGUCCUAGCUAUGUGGUGAGGUAGAGUAAGUAUUGUUUAGUGAAAUCUUGUCGCAGGCGAAAACAUGGUUUCGUUACCGCAAUAAACCAAAUAACCAUAACAACCAGUAUCAUGUUAUUAUUAAAAUUUGUAUCAACCAAAUAUAUUAAUGAAUGACCAAAGCUGUAAGCUUUUACAUUAGUAUUAAGACAUUAUGAGGGUACUUAUAGAUAUGUCAGUACAUCGGUGAAGGAGUUAGGAAAUUACGAAAUUAAAAAAAAUAUAUAUAGUUACGGUCGUAUAAUUACGUUAGAUAAAAUAAAUACUAUGGCAAAUAAAGAAACUAUUGGGAUUUGACUCAUUAUAGUCAUAAAAUUGGUUCUAUUCAGAUUUUUAAAAUACUAGAUAUAUAUGAGCAAUUAUUCUGGUACAUAUUUAAACGGUCUGGUCACUGGGUACACAGUUGAAACCACGUUUAAAACUUAAAGGCUUAUUAUAUAUAGGCGGCCACUUUAAACAAACCACAAUAUAAGUGUACUAGAUUGUCGUCAACACAAAAAUGUGUGGAAAAUUUCUGUUCAAUUGUGUGGAACUAUUUUAAAAUUCAGUUGCUAGUUUAAUCUAAUUAAAAAACUUGUUUAAAAAAUAUAUGUCAUCAUCCAGUACUGGAAUCAUUAAAUGAUUACGAGUAAAAUCAUCCUUAUAUUUAACACUUUAUAUGUAUCAGAAAAAACAGUUAAAAAAAAUGAAAAGUGAACUAAGUAUAAAAGGCAUCUUAUACCUUAAUAAUGGGAAUUUGCAGCACACGCAAAAAUAAAAAUGAAUUUAGAUAAUUAAGAGGUAGACACGUCAUAUCAAAUCUAAAUUAUAAUGUUGUCGAAAGUUAGAUUCUGAAAAGGCUAGCGGUGAUAUGAACUGAGAGUCAUUUGCAAUAAGUUUCUUUAUAUGCUUAAGUAAUAGUUAAUACGUAGCAAUGGUACUUCUUGCCUCAUUUUUUAACUUCCUAAUAUCAUACCAUAUUUUUUUACCUAUAGCAUAUUUUUAGAUCUACAUUACGUACAUUUAUAUGUUUGUAUUUAAUAAUGUUUUCUAUUAAAACUUGUAAAAGCAAAGAGCUGUCAAAUGACAAUAAUCUUAUGGAAAGCGCGUGUUUGCUAUAUGCUCAGUCAGCCAGUGACGUGGCAUUCGAAAGACUAUUUUCAAGUUAUUGAUAAUGCUUUUCUGAGUUUUAUCGUUUGACCUUUUUGCUAUCACUAAGAAUAUGUUUUUCUUCCAAAUAACUUCCUUAUAUCUCGUCUUACUUUAUUAGUAAAUGUAUACAAAUGUAUUAAUGUUCUUGAGGUGUAUAAAGAUCACCGGUUUAUCGUGGAACGAUAUUGAGUGUUUGGUAUCUGUGGGAUUUGAGGACUAAAAAUUUAUGAUUGUACUUAAACGAAAUUUAUGUACGCAAAAAUACAUUAAUCUCUUUUGAAAUGUUAACCAGAUUACAAUAAAUAUUUAUUACUAGAAAAUGUAUGUAUAAUUAUGAAUAAAGUUUUCUAUUUUAGUUGGCAAAUUGCGCAUUUCAGUCUCUCUAUAAAUCGUUCCUAUUUAAUUUUAUUUAAUAAAUUAAAUUUCCGUAUUAAGCAAAACAAAUUGAAAAUCUAAAAAAUAAAUAAAAAAAAAAAAAAAACUAAGAAUUGUGAUUAAAUCAUACAAAUCUUAAAUUUCGAUUUCAUGAAAGCCGUAAAAAUGUAUAAGAAAAUUGUAGGUAAAUAUAUUGUAAUAGGUAAAGGUUACAAUGUUACAGUAAUUUAGCUUUUAUUGUGUCUGUAUUACGCGUCCAUAUUGCUCAAUACGUCCUAAGAUGGACUUGGUUUAGCUUAAGGUUAGAGGAGAGCAAUAAAGGGCUUAUGUAUUAGUUAAUGUAAGUCAAUUACUUUAAUAUCAAUGUUAAUCACACUAUUAUAGGCCCUCGUAAAAUUACUUUGUUCUCCAAAGCGGUAUAGGGUACUUACUAGUUAGAAUAAACCAAUUACUAGUCCAUGUAAUAUUAAUUAUAAUGUGUUUUGACUUCCGCUGGCCGUCCUUUCUUUUCCCCAUACUUAAAAAUCGUAAGUGAAUAUCUUUUAUGCUUGUUUCUACAAAAAAAGGGCAUUUUGGUUUUAAGUAAGUAACAUUACCGAUAAAUGAAACGGUUACGGUCGGCGUCGUAGUACAAGCAAGCUAAGGGCACUAGAGGUAGGAUCACAGAAAAUAUGUAGAUCUUAAGUUUACUUUAAUUAUUAUAAUAUGCUGUUAUUCGUAAUUUAUUUUGUUGAUAUUUGUAAAUCUACAUGUUGAUAACUAUUUAUUAUGUGGAAGAGUAAUAAAAAAUUGUUGAAUAUUUAUCGAACGGAUCGAAUCUCUUAUCGCGGCAGUCUGAGCUAAAAUCACGGUUCGGUCCAAUAUAUUGAAUUAUACACACAUUAAUUUUAAGUAGAGUAUAAUAUUAAACGUGUACCAAAAAACAUGAACCAUGUUAGCCAUAUACGUGGCCAUCUUGCCUUAAAAUAUAUAUAAACUAUUGUAUAAACCAUAUACUAAAUAAAUAACUAUAUACAAAUCAUGUUAUGACAUAUCAUAAAAUCAGAUGUAUGGAACCUAAGCGGAAACGAGUCGAACAGUCCAUAAGUGCAUUUCAUUCACAGUAAUAUAAGCACAAUUUAUUUAUGUAUAAUUUAUAUAAAACGUGAAUUCAUAAUAAAAUACCUAAUAAUUGUUAUGAUUAAUUUAAAAUUAUACUAUAAUGUACUUAAUUUAGGAUAAUCUAAAAUGGAAAAUAAUUUUAUAAGGUAUAA